AUGCAGGAAGAUCAAAGAUCCCCUGCCCGGGAGCCAGAUGCCCAGUAUGAGACGAUGAUCUCCGAGACGAUGGAGGAGGAACUGCAUCGCAUGGGUGCCUCUUCCGAUAUGAUCGAUUGCUACAAAGAGUCUCGUGAGAUGCCGAUGCCAGGCAACCUCGACAGAUCAGUCCGCGUGAGGGCUUUGCGUUGCAUGUUCAAGAUGCUAGUGGAUACCCUGGGUGAAGGCGCCUGCUUUCAAGCGGCCCUCCUUCUUGAUCGCGUCACGGCAAGCAACUCCUUCCGCUUGGAACAGCUGCCGCUGACUUGCGUGUGCUUGACGAGGCUUAUGUUGAAGUGUGCCUUCGGUAUGGCGAUGGUCCCGGGCGAGGACAGCCCCAGUAUGUCCUGGAUCAAGGACUUUGCGACGUGGCUGACAGCCACACAGAACUUGGUGACUUCAGAAGGGUCCACAAUGUCCAGGCACGAACUCGCGCUGCAUGAGCUGAGGCUUCUCAAGGCACUGGAUUGCCAGGUGGAACUUCCCUGUGCAGAGAAGUGGUGCCUUCUCUACUUCACUCGCUUUGGACACCUGGGCCGGGAGUUCCAAGCUCCAGUCCAGCAGAUGCAAGCAAAGGCUUUGCUGUCUGCGCGCGCCGUGGUGAUGUGCUUUCCAGCCUCCCCGAUGCUGAGCCACGGCAAGCUGGCCGCCGGACUGUUUAGCCUGAGCUUUGUGUACUCGGGCCUACUGCCCAUGGCCAGCCUCCAGCCAUCGAACAUGGAUGCCUCGGAGUGGAGCGCGCUUUUUGCUGCGAUCACGCCAAAUGAGCUGCCCGCAUGCCGCUUGCCACACUCUGUGACGAAGAGGCUCAUGGACUUGAUCUGCCUCACCAUGAAAGAAGAGCCAGAUGACAUCCGCGCCUGGACAAAGCAAGUGCUAGAAACCUUGGGCGAAACAUGUCGUCAGGUUCGCGAAGAGGAGGACGGAGCUCGGAAUUCAUAA